AUUUGUGUCCCUGGGUUGCAGGUGCAAAAAUCCCAAACCAGUUCAGAUGUUGCUGUUUUUUCUGUUUGCAGGUCUAUGGAAAUGCAGGAUCUAGCCAGCCCGCAUAGCCGUCUAAGUGGUAGUAGUGAAUCCCCCAAUGGUCCAAAACUUGAUAAUUCUCACAUAAAUAAUAAUUCCAUGACACCCAAUGGCACAGAAGGUGACAUGACUCUGCUCAGCACUGCAGACUGGUUGUUAAAUACUAAUACACAGACCACUGCAGUUAAAACAGAGCCAAUGAGCAGCAGUGAAAUUGCUACUACUACAGCAGACGGGUCUUUAGACAGUUUCUCAGGAUCAGCAAUUGGAAGCAGUGGCUUCAGCCCAAGACAAACUCACCAGUUUUCUCCGGCACAGAUAUACCCUUCCAACAGACCAUACCCACAUAUUCUUCCUACUCCUUCUUCACAAACUAUGGCUGCAUAUGGGCAGACUCAGUUUACUACAGGGAUGCAGCAAGCCACUGCUUAUUCAACAUACCCUCAGCCUGGCCAGCCAUAUGGAAUUCCAUCAUAUGGUGCAUUGUGGGCAGGCAUCAAGACAGAAGGUGGAUUGUCACAAACGCAGUCACCUGGACAAACAGGCUUUCUAAGCUAUGGUGCAAGCUUUAGCACUCCCCAACCGGGACAAGCUCCGUACAGUUACCAAAUGCAAGGGAGCAGUUUCACAACAUCAUCUGGAUUAUAUGCUGGAAACAAUUCACUCACAAAUUCUAGUGGAUUUAAUAGUUCACAGCAGGAAUAUCCAUCUUACCCCAGCUUUGGCCAGGGUCAAUAUGCACAGUAUUAUAACAGUUCUCCAUAUCCUUCACAUUAUAUGGCAAGCAGCAACACCAGUCCAACAACCCCUUCCUCCAAUGCAACAUACCAACUUCAAGAACCACCAUCAGGCAUCGCAAGUCAAGCAGUUACAGAUCCUACAGCAGCAGAGUACAGUACAAUCCACAGUCCAACGACUCCCAUUAAAGAUUCAGAGGCAGACAGGUUGCGCCGCAGCUCAGAUGGCAAAUCACGUGGCCGAGGCAGAAGGAACAAUAAUCCUUCACCACCACCUGACUCUGACUUAGAGAGAGUAUUCAUUUGGGAUUUGGAUGAAACGAUCAUCAUUUUCCAUUCCUUGCUUACAGGAUCCUAUGCUAACAGAUAUGGGAGAGAUCCUCCAACUUCUGUUUCACUUGGACUGAGAAUGGAGGAGAUGAUUUUCAAUCUGGCAGAUACACAUUUGUUCUUUAAUGAUUUAGAAGAGUGUGACCAAGUUCACAUUGAUGACGUUUCAUCAGAUGACAAUGGCCAAGACUUAAGCACCUAUAACUUUGGAACAGAUGGCUUCCCUGCAGCAGCCACCAGUGCUAAUUUAUGCCUAGCAACAGGUGUGCGUGGAGGAGUGGACUGGAUGAGAAAACUGGCCUUCCGUUACAGACGAGUAAAAGAAAUCUACAACACCUACAAAAAUAAUGUUGGAGGUCUUCUGGGUCCAGCAAAGAGAGAAGCUUGGUUGCAACUUAGAGCAGAAAUUGAAGCCCUUACAGAUUCUUGGUUGACACUUGCACUGAAAGCACUCACAUUAAUUCAUUCAAGGACAAAUUGUGUGAAUAUUCUAGUGACGACUACUCAGCUUAUUCCAGCUCUUGCAAAAGUCUUGCUAUAUGGCUUAGGUGUGGUAUUUCCAAUUGAAAAUAUUUACAGUGCAACUAAAAUAGGAAAAGAAAGCUGUUUUGAGCGCAUAAUUCAAAGGUUUGGAAGAAAAGUAGUAUAUGUUGUUAUAGGAGAUGGUGUGGAAGAAGAACAAGGAGCCAAGAAGCAUGCCAUGCCAUUCUGGAGGAUCACAAGCCACUCUGACCUUAUGGCCCUUCAUCAUGCUUUGGAACUGGAGUACUUAUAGUAGCACUUUGUAACCCCAGAACUUCCCUCAUGCCUAUGGACAGCGUGCCUAUGCCUUGUAUCAGCGUUGGCCUACAGGAGGACUUUGUGAUUUCAUCAUGUUGACGUACAGCUGCAACUGGUCUUAACCUUUGCCCUUUCAGUAAGCGAAGGAGCAUGUUUCUUCUUCGGUAACAGCUGUUGAUUCUAGUGCUGUGAAUCCAAUGAAAACAAGCUAUGAUGAGAAUGUUUUAACAAUGUGCUCUUACCACGUUUGCUACAUUGAAAGGUUCGUACCUGUGAAGAGACUGGGGGAGGGGGUUCUUUGUGGUUUCUAGAAUUCUCGGUGUGUCACACACACCUUCUUAACUUCAGUAAACUUGAUUGCACAUCAAAGACUGCGCUUUUUAAAAACAAAAUCCCAUGGAUACAUUUCUUGAAAAAGAAAAGGUUUACUCUUUUUUUUUUUUUAGUUUCUCAGACCCAGGGUAUUCUGUAAAUCUUAUUACUUAUUUAUGAACAGACUCUGUUUUGACAUCAUCACCUAAAUGUGGAUAUGUAUGAUAGAUGAAAGGCUAUACUGAGUCCUUGCCUUCUGAUAGUAAAAAAUAUUUUGAUUUUAGCACAUUGCAAAGUAGUUUAAAGUAUGUCUAAUUUAAGUCAAUAGGUACAUCACUGAGACAAUCAUGUACAGGAAGAAUGUUUUUGUGUAAAUUUGUAAUGAAUGGAUAAUGUUUUACAUAUUGUUUAGGGAAAUGCUAUUGAAAGGUAGUAAUGACUUUUUGGUGAAGUAUGAGGCAGUGUGCGCACAAAUUGUUGUGCUGUGCCUUAUUGAAAGUAUUGUGUAUAAAUAUGUAGAUAAUGGAUUUUUUAGAUCAAUUUGUCAAGACCAAAAGCAUGGAUGUCAAGUGUCAAUACGGAAUUGCUUUUACGCUCUCUUUUCUUCUCUAUAUUUUUCCUCCUUGGCAACACUGAUAUAUCAAAAUACUGGUUACUCCUUUCUCUCCUAACACCCUAUCUUUCAUGGAGUGGCUGCCCAUCUAUGUUUUGUGCAUCCAAGUACAAAAUAUAUACACUUCACAUCAGCUGAAAAUGGAAUACAUGUUUAAUUUGUCACUUUUCUUGGUGAAAUAUAUGCAAGUUUAAUAUUCCACUGCUUCACCGUACUUUGCCAAGAAAAGCAGGAAAUUAGGGAUACAUAUGAAUCUUCAACCGAUUUGAAGCACAUGUAUUUUGUGCUCAGGCAAAUAUCUGUAACUGAGUACGCAAUCUGUGUGGUGAGAAGUGACCUGGUCUUUAGAAUAUGAAUAUCUGCAAAGUAAGUGCACAUCUACACCUGUUUCAUUUCAUUUUCUUUACUGACAGAUACUGAACAAGGUAGAAGUGAAUCAUUAAAUGUAUUCAUUUUCCCCCCAAUGGAAAAAGAAUUGGAAAAAUACUUUAUGCAAUAUUGCUUGCAUUUUAAAGUAAUAAAAAUGUUCAUGGACUAGAAAAAAUAAAAAUGUUAGAAAAUAAUGUAUUUUAAAAUAGAAAGGAGAUCUUGUAAGAACACAACAAACUAGGGCAUAGCUGAAACAGUUCAGUUUGGUCCCAUCUCUUUAAAAAAAGAAAUAAUUGUUUUUUGGCUAAUUUUUAUUCCUGCUCUCCCAAUGAGAAUUUUUUUAAAAAACAGUGUUUCCUUGCUAAAAUCUUAAAACUGUUGAAAUAUCACACUGAACUUUGUAAAAAAAAAUGUAAGGAUAUAGUUAUAUGUUUUGUGAUGAGUACCAAACUUACCAAAUAUGGCCCUGGCUUAACAGAGAGAAAUAUUUUGAUGGAGGGUAGAGGAUAAUGAUUUUGAGUUUUUACUGCUGAAGUUCACAAUGAAAAUUGUGGUUUUGGUGAGUCUGAAACCACAAUACACCCCCAAAUUGAAGAAACUGGUGACACACCUGCUUCUUCGGAUUUUCAACCUUUGGAAAAGCAUGUGAGCAUUUUUAAUUGGAAUUUCUUUUUAAAUCUACAGUAUAGUAUGGUAUGGUACGCCCCCAAUUUUAAACUUCUCAUCACAGUAACCAGAUUUUUCUGUUGGUCCAUUGCUGGCAAUGGACACAAUAAAACAGUUACUGCCAAUUGUGUUAAACUGAAUUAUUUUUUUAUAACUAGCUUAUACUUCAUUUAAACUACAUCUGUCUUCUGUAAAAUAUGAAGACCAUGAAAAAUCCAGUCCAUUUUACUUCAAGCCAGUGUAGACUUAACCAAGGGGGACUGUUUAACUGUGGGUGAUAUAUACACCAUCUUCUCAGUCUGCCUCCAGAGCAAGCUUCUCCUCUGAAAGAGCUAGUGUGGUGUAGUGGUUAGAGUAUUGGACUAGGAUUUGGGAAACCCAGGUUUAAUCCCCACUCUGCCAUGGACACUCACUGGGCAAGUCACACACUCUCAGCUUAACUCCCUUCACAGAGUUGUUGUGAGGAUAAAACAGAGGAGGUGGGAGUGAUAUAAAUCAUUUUGUGUCCCCAUUGGAGAUAAAGAUGGAGUAUAAAUGAAGUAAAAUUAAACUGUAGUUUUAUUGACAUUUAUGUCAUAUAUUGACAUUUAUAUUAACACAGUUACAGUUAACUAGCACCCACUUUAAUCAAGAUUCUUCUACAUGUGCAUGAGAAGUAGAAAUUUGCAAAGUGGGAGGUCUGCGGGGGAGGGAGGUGACUACACAAUCUCACAACCUUCUUCCAGUCUUAAAACCACAGAUAAGAAUGUCCCAUUGUUAUGCUUACACUGAAUUUGUGCAUCCAAAUGAUUGAUCUGAACCUUGGUUUCUUCUUUUCACCAAUGUCUUCAUAAUAAAUAAACCUCAGUUCUUCUAGUUCUUUCUCCAAUUUCUUGAUUUUUGUUUUUUGCAAAAUACACCAGCUUUUAAGCCAGCUACUAGCAAAGCAACAACAGUAGCUAUGAGGCAACAUCCUCUCUUUUUUGAGGACGUAUAUUGCUGCUACAGUUUAUAAUUAUUGUGAUUUUUUUUUCAGAUUGACUAUUAAAUGUGGCCCCUUGUCUUUCAUCAGCUUUAUGCACCAAAAGCAGUCCAAUUCAGGGACUAUUCACAGUCUAUGAAGUUAAACAUAUCCUCAAGUCUUUUAAGGACAGGGGCUGUAAUUAGAUUUUUUUUUUUUUGCUUCAAGCAAAACAAUGAUGGACAAUUAUUUUUUCUUUCAUUUUUGUAGUCAUCAUGUGACUAAAAAAGUUUGUCUGGGCCUUAUUGUACAAAAAGUGUGUUGUGUCCACAGUUCUGUACAGAAA